UAUGCCAGCGCCCUCCUGCCCCCGAAGCUCGUCCUUUAGUACCCCUUCCCUUUCGCUCAACUAUUCUUCUCAGCAAUGGCCGCCUCGCGUGACGCUGAGAUCUGGAAGGAUAUGCAGACCUACUACGGGCAGGUACUGAAGAAAUCGGCGGACCUCCAGACCAAUGCCUGUGUCACUGCAGCCAGGUCGGCCCCCAAGCACAUCCGGGAAGCCCUGCAGAAUGUACAUGAGGAGGUGGCCUUGAGGUAUUAUGGCUGUGGUCUGGUCAUCCCUGAGUGUCUGGAAAACUGCUGGAUUUUGGACUUGGGUAGUGGAAGUGGUAGAGAUUGCUAUGCACUCAGUCAGCUGGUUGGUGAGAAGGGACAUGUCACUGGAAUAGACAUGACAGAGAGUCAGGUAGAAGUGGCCAAAAAUUACAUCGAAUAUCACAUGGAAAAGUAUGGCUUCCAGGCAUCCAAUGUGACUUUCAUUCAUGGCUACAUAGAGAAGCUGGGAGAGGCUGGAAUCAAGAAUGAGAGUUACGAUAUUGUUAUAUCAAAUUGUGUUAUUAACCUUGUUCCUGAUAAACAACAAGUGCUGCAGGAGGUAUAUCGAGUGCUAAAGUAUGGUGGGGAGCUAUAUUUCAGUGACGUCUAUGCUAACCUUGAACUGCCAGAAGAAAUUAGGAAACACAAAGUUUUAUGGGGUGAGUGCCUCGGUGGCGCUUUGUACUGGAAGGACCUUGCCAUCCUUGCCCAAAAAAUUGGGUUCUGCCCUCCACGCUUGGUCACUGCCAACCUGAUUACGAUUCAAAACAAGGAACUAGAAAGAGUUGUUGGUGACUGUCGUUUUGUUUCUGCAACAUUUCGCCUCUUCAAACUCCCUAAGACAGGACCAGCCAAAAGAUGCCAGGUUAUUUACAAUGGAGGAAUCACAGGACAUGAAAAAGAACUAAUAUUUGAUGCAAAUUUCACAUUUAAGGAAGGUGACCUUGUUGAAGUAGAUGAAGAAACAGCAGCCAUCUUGAAGAAUUCACGAUUUGCCCAAGAUUUUCUGAUCAAUCCAGUUGGAGAGAGGUUGCCAUCAACUGGAAAUUGUUCUGCUUUAGAAUCAAAGGCUAUCAUCACAGAUCCUUUCAAGCUUGCAGAAGAGUCUCACGAUACCAAGUCCAGAUGUCCCCCUGGUAUUGCUGGAGGCUGCUGUGACACAAGGAAAAGCUGCUAAACCUACGGCUGCCUGGAAGACAUAACCAGUCGUGGGCCGGAAGCUGAAUAAAUGAGUUGCAUGUUUUGUUAACCUGCUUUUUCUCAAAGCACAGACCAUAAGAAACAAUGGCAAGAAGGCACCAUAUUCUUGAUGACUGAUAAGGACAAGUGGAUUGUGUAGAAGGUAUUAAUUAAAGCAAAUUCACAGCAAAUCACCUGGGAGCUCUGGUGGCACAGUGGUUAAGAGUGAUGGCUGCUAAAAGAGGGAUGGCUGCUAACCAAAAGGCCUGUAGUUCAAAUCCACCAGCUGCUUCUUGGAAACCCUAUGGAGCAGUUCUGCUUUGUCCUGUAGGGUCGCUAUGAGUUGGAACCAACUAGACGGCACCUAACAACAACAGCAAAUCACCAAAAUAAAGACUGGUUGAGCAGAGUUUUUCUAUUUUGUAACUAAUUCAAAGAUCUGGUGCCACUUAGUGGUCAGAAGUUGAACUGAGAGGCAGACUUAACACCUGGUCAAUGGCAAGAAAGGCUUUAGAAAUUAAAAGCUGGCAGAGGGUCUCAGAAAAAAUAAUCUUCCUUUUGACCUGCAUAGUACAUUUUGGAUUUGUUGCCACGUUGUCUCAUUAAACAAAGUUCCUACUAAAAUAAUGCUAAACAUGGUAAAAGAUUGCCAAAUCAAAUGAGUAGGUGUGCAACUGGUCUUUUAAACCAAGCUUUUAUUUAUUUAUUUAUUUUGCAACUGAAUGAAGAAAACCAAUGAGUAAUAAAUUUCCUUGACCUCAGUUCACACUUAUAACUGGAAAUAGUGACCAUCUAUAGUAAAUUCCAACUGGAUCAGGAAGAGAAUUUGAUAAUUUUUUAAAGGAGAGCUAGGAGAUAUAAAAAUGGUGGGUUUUCUUUUUCUUUACAAAAGAUCCUGGUUAAACUCUUAGGAAAGUGUUAGACUCAGUUCGAGGUUCCAUAGUUGAAGAUAGAGGAAUAUUUUAAGGACGAUUAAAUUAACUAGACAUUAAGAACACCGAGGAAAGGUUCAAGGAUGAGUAAAUAAAUUCAAGUCCAGUUGUACUUGAGGAUCUUGUGGGGGGACACUAGUUUUUCAAUAUCAGGCUUCAAGCCUCGAAAGGUUUUAAUAAGAACUUGUGAACCAGUUCUGAACUCAGUGCAAAAGGAACAAGGGGAAGCAGGCAAGCCUGUGGGAUUUUGAUUAGAGGAAAGAUAAUUUUUAGGCCUUGUAAAACACUGGAAUGGAUUCUAUAGGACAGACUCCUCUUUUUAAAGAAAGUUGUUAAAAAAUGGAGAAAUUCUCUGAUUUCUGAGUGGGUUCAGCUGUAGACCCUGACUUACUACUACAGACAGGAAAGGACUAGGUGAUAUUUUUUAAGCCCUUUUCAUCUCUGUGACCUUGAUUCUAAACAGUGCUUUCUUAGUUCUAGAGUUCAAUAUCUAUUUACCCAGCAUAUCCUAUGUUAGUGACAGCAUUAGUUAGAAUGGUACAAUUGGGAUUAAGCAUACUUCACUAUCCAAGAGCCCAAGAUGGCCCUACUAGGAAAGAGACCCAUUGCUGUCUAGUCAGUUCUGACUCAUAGCAACUCUACAGGACAGUAGAACUGCCCCAAAGGGUUUCCAAGGCUGUAAUCUUAUGCAAACAGACUGCCACAUCUUUCUCGUGAGGAGCGACUGGUGGGUUCAAACGGCCGAUCUUUUGGUUUGCAGCCGAGCGCUUGCCACUAUGCAGCCAGGCCUCCUACCAGGGGACAGAGGGUUUUCUGGUUAUUUGCUUUACUAGGCUUUUCUAAACAGGAGGAGGAGGCAUUGGCCUUUCACUUGUCAUUCUGAACUUUCACUUCCCCAAAAAGAUGCAGAGUUAUGAGACUGGGCUGGAAUAUGGAAAUUCACAUUGUUCUUUUCCUAAGAAUAACAUACUUUAUGCAUGAUUUCCCAACUGAAGUAUACAUUUUAAGAGUCAUAUUUAACCUAGAAGCUAUAAAAAUUUGUAUUAGGUAAUAUAAAAUUAAAGCAGAUAUGUUUUGUCAGGAAAAUGCUAUACACGGUUAUAUAAAUGUUCAGAAUAGGUGAAAUGGAAAAUCAGGAAUGUACAAACCCUUAGAUGAGAGUAUUCUCCUUUAAGUCUGAGAGGCAGUAUGGAAUGACGCUGAAGAGCAAAAAUCCGGAUGCUAAACUUCAUAGUUUUUUUUCCCCUCAACUGUGCCAAGCAUUUUGGCCUUGAGAAAAUUAUUCAACAUUACUGUGCCUUUGCUUCCUCAUUUGUAUGAAGUUCUUUGAAAGCGUGCCUGGCACAUGGUUUAGAUCAUUAGUUUAGAUCUAUACGGUUGCUAAGGAGCCCUGGUGGCAUGGUGGUUAAGUGCUUGGCUGCUAACUGAAAGGUCAGUGGUUUGAACCCACCAGCCACUCCGUGGGAGAAAGAUGUGGCAGUCUGCUUCUGUAAAGAUUACAGCCUUGGAAACUCUAUGGGACAGUUCUACCCUGUCCUACAGGGUCGCUAUGAAUCAGAAUUGACUUGACGGCAGUGGUUAUAUGGUUGCAGCCAGUAUGUAAUGUCGGGACCGGCUGAAGACCAAUGCUUCUUUUGCUGCCAGAGCAGAGUUUAAGGAAGCUACCUGUAGCUCUUUUGACAGUAGGCAAUGUUCCCCCCAACAUUUUACUAUGAUAAUUUUCAAAUAUACAGAAGACUUUAAAGAACUGUAGCCAAUACUCAUAUACCAAAACCAAAAUCAUUGCUGUCGAAUAGAUUCCAACUUAUGGUGACCCCUUGUGUUGCAGAGUAGAACUGCACUC